AUGUCGGUAAGCUACGAAGGCGUAACGGUAGCUCCAUUGGUUCUGCUGUCGGUUUUGGAUCAUUACCAACGUACAAACACGCCGGAGAACAAGAGAUGUGUGGGAGUGAUAUUGGGAGAUGCUUCGACGUCUACUUUGAAAGUGACGAAUUCAUUUGCUUUGCCGUUUGAGGAAGAUGAGAAGAACCCGGAUGUGUGGUUCCUGGAUCACAAUUACAUCGAAAAUAUGAACGAAAUGUGCAAGAAAAUUAAUGCAAAGGAGAAACUGAUUGGUUGGUAUCACAGUGGGCCGAAGCUGAAGGCGUCCGAUCUGAAGAUCAACGAACUGUUCAAGAAAUACGCAAGCACAAAUCCACUAUUGCUGAUUGUGGAUGUAAAACAGCAGGGCGUCGGCCUGCCCACUGACGCAUAUGUGGCAGUGGAGCAGGUUAAGGACGACGGUACCUCGACGGAGAAAACUUUUAUCCAUCUGCCUUGCACGAUAGAGGCCGAGGAGGCAGAAGAGAUUGGUGUUGAGCAUCUGCUGAGGGACGUGCGCGACCAGGCUGCCGGCGGACUGUCUAUAAGGUUGACCAAUCAGUUGAAAUCCUUGAAAGGUCUGCAGAGGAAGCUGAGAGACAUCGUAAGCUACCUGAACAAAGUCAUCGACGGCAAGCUGCCCGUCAACCAUACGAUCCUCGGUAAACUGCAGGACGUGUUCAAUCUCUUGCCAAAUUUGGGGUCUCCGAACGAGGACGAGAUGAACGGUAAAAGCGCAGACGUGCGUAGUUCUUCCAACAACCUGCAAAAGGCGCUGACCGUCAAGACGAACGAUGAGCUUAUGGUCAUCUACGUGGCUAAUCUGGUGAGAUCCAUCAUAGCAUUCGACGAUUUGAUCGACAACAAGAUACAGAACAGAAAACUGCAGGAGAGGACCAGGAAGCUAGAGGCCGACAAGCUGGAGCAGGAGAAGAAACUUCUCAAAGAGGAAGAGGCCGCAGCGCCUAGUACGUAA